AAAACAAGAGAAGUUUUUAGCUUCAUCUUUAUCUCUAAAAUUGGUUUGGAACCUUUCCCGUUCCUUCGCAUUCGUGCCCUAGUUUCGCUUUCCUUCCAUUGACGGGGCUCUGAAGGAUCUAUCGCCGUCGGUUCAACCUAGCCAAGCAAGAAGCAAAGAGGAGGGAUAAAGUAACAAAGAAAGGAAAGAGAUGUCUAGAACACUAGUGCAGCCGGUUGGGCAGAAGAGGCUAACAAAUGUAGCAGUGGUGCGGCUGAAGAAGCAUGGCAUGCGCUUUGAAAUUGCAUGCUACCCUAACACUGUCCUCUCUUGGCGUUCUGGAGUGGAAAAAGAUCUGGAUGAAGUGCUACAGUCCCAUACUGUUUAUUCUAAUGUUUCCAAAGGGGUUCUCGCCAAGUCCAAGGAUUUAAUUGCAGCUUUUGGCACUGAUGACCAGACCAACAUAUGCUUAGAUAUUUUAAAGAAAGGGGAGCUUCAGGUAGCUGGGAAAGAAAGGGAAUCAUUGUUGUCAAGUCAGUUCAGGGAUAUUGCAACCAUAGUAAUGCACAAGACAUACAAUACUGAGACUCAACGCCCUUAUACUAUCAGUAUGAUUGAACGCCUCAUGCGGGAAAUCCAUUUUGCUGUUGAUCCACACAGCACCUCCAAGAAGCAGGCUCUCGAGUUAAUUCAAGAACUUCAGAAGCAUUUCCCUAUAAAACGAUGUCCUUUGAGAAUACGUGCUACUGCUCCUCAGGACCAAUUGCCUAAUCUUUUAGAAAAGCUGAAGGAAUGGAAUGCUACUGUUAUUUCUAAAGAAGGAUCUUCUGCUCAGUUAUCUGUGGUUUUUGAAAUGGAACCUGGUCUAUAUAAGGAUUGUCAUGACUUUGUUAUGAAUAAGAUGCAUGGAAGAUUUGAAGUUCUUGCUCACUCUCUUUAUGUGGAGGGGGAUACGCAUGUGGAUCAAUACAAUGAUUAUGAGGAUAUGCCUGCACCGUUGCCCAAAGAAACUCAUGAUUCUGUGCUUGAACUUAAUGAGAAACUUCAAAAACAAACAAUUUCAUCCACGAGUAGGCCUACUGAGACACAACAAAAGCAAAACAAGUGCAACACAUGUAAUGUUUCCUUUGAUGACUCUAAGCUAUACAGGGAACAUCACAAGAGUGAGUGGCACAAGCACAAUAUGAAGCGUAAGACAAAGCAACUCCCACCACUUACUGAGGAAGAGUGCAUGGCAGACAUGGAAUUAGACGACUCAAAAUCUGAUUUGAAGGAUUAUUCAUUUUGAGAUGAUAAUAAGUGUUUUAGUGGUGUAAGUUGGUAAUCGCAUUUUUUAAGUCUUGUGUUUGUACUUAGGUAAAUUUUGUCCGGAUAAUUUUGGUUAUGGUAAACUUCACAUGAAAAAAUCUUUAUAUUGAAAUCCCUUGGAAUGCUCAA